UUUUGGAAGUUUGGGUGGGUCAGUCAGACCUGGGAGGAACCUGAUGAUUCUGCAGUCUUGGCCCAAAUUAUAAGAGGAAGUGAAAGAAUCCUAGUCGCAGUUCGAGGACUAACUGAGCAAGUCAGUGGUCAUCACUGAGGCUGUCAUCAUGGGGGAGUGGUCCGUCCUGUCUGCUUUGUUGGACAAAGUGCAGUCACACUCCACUGUAGUGGGGAAGGUCUGGAUGUCUGUUCUUUUCCUUUUCAGGAUCUUCAUCCUGGCUGCUGGUGUAGAUAAAAUUUGGGGAGAUGAACACUCAAACAUGGAGUGUAACACCAAAACCGUUGGCUGCAAAAACGCCUGCUACGACAAAUCCUUCCCCAUGUCUCACACCCGUUGGGUCCUCCAGAUCCUCUUUGUCUCCACACCGACACUUAUGUAUUUGGGCCACGUCCUGAUGGUGAUUCGCAAGAGAAACAAGCUGAGGAGACGUGUGGAGCAGAAACUUGGUAAGAACGGGAUGGCUAAAGCUCCAAAAUACUCAGAUGAAAAAGGAAAAGUACAGCUCAAGGGAGCCCUGCUGGCCAGUUACAUGAUGCAGCUGCUGUUCAAGAUCCUGUUUGAAGUGGCAUUCAUUGUAGGCCAGUACUACCUCUAUGGCUUCAUCACGAUGCCUGUUAAGAUUAUAUUCAACGAAUACCCUUGUCCACAAGUAAACUGCUACAUAAGUCGUCCCACAGAGAAAACCAUCUUUAUUAUCUUUAUGCUGGCAAUGUCCACUUCUGCGACCCUUAACAUCGUGGAGAUGUUUCACCUGAUGAUCUCAAAAAUGAAGGCGAAGAAAAGAAGGAACAGUGGCUCAAUUCCCCUAGAGAUACACUCUCUGAGUAAACUCAACCACAAUUCAGCUGAGAGUGUUACACUUUGUUGAAGGACUGUGAAUAGAGAGAUCACUUCUCACAUUGCUGAAGGUUUAACAUUGUUUAAACAUGUACAGAAUUGCAUCCAGCUUUAAAUUGUCUGAAAAUUGUCCAUUUUGUGUAGCAGUACUGUAAUACAUAUUCUACUUCGUCUGUGGUUAGUAGCAGGAAAAAUUGUCAUCAACCUUCUAGGAAAUAUCAAGCAAAGGAUGAUUUCUACAUUCUGUAGGUCACCUCUACAUACUGUGACUGAAGCUCUGGUCACUUUGACUUAGGUCAUUGUAAAACUUAAAGGUCUUAAUCAUAAAAUAAAGUAAUCUGUAAAGCACUGUAAAACGCUUAUCAUGUAUUUUGGCUUCAUCAUUUACCCUUGAAAUAAAUGAGAGAAUAAUGUGGUACAAGAAUUGGGCACUACAAUUAAAUAAAGGGUGAAUCAAAGCCAAAAUACAUAAUGAACUUUUUUACACUGUUAUUUACCACACACACAAAUCACUAUCAUGACAUUAAAUGUUGAUUAUAAGUCACUUUGUUAUGAGUCAGCAGUUUGCGCUUAUAUGAAUAUUGUGUAUAUAUAAUCAAAUGUUUGUGCUUCAGCUCUAGCAGCUAUAAUAUUAUCAUGGAAAUGGCUGAUUUAAUUAUCAUAACAGGUCAUAGGUCUAUGGUUCCUGAUUUAUUUUCAUGAAUAAAAAUGCUUCAAAGACA